UGUCUGGUUGGAUCGCAGAUCGAUACUGGCCAGCUCGCACCAUUGCGUCUGACCCUGCCCUCGAACGCAGCUCAGUGGAUCCUCGGCCGCCAUCUCGAGUGUCGGCUGUCUCAAGGCGAUUGUUGCUCCGUGCAUCCUAUCGACCAAGCUUGGCUCUUGCUAAUCGCCAUCGAGCACCCCCGGAUCCCCUCACCGAUCAGCGUCAAGUCAGCGGACCCCCUUGAUUGAUAUCGCCACUGCCUGGCGCUGCGUCGCAUGAGCCUCUUUGACAUCCAGACCUUCGGGCUCCCCAGCACCGCCGGGCCAUGUCAAGACGGGCUCGUGGGCAGUGUUGCCGCUCUUGAGUCCAACGGAUCGGUUGAGCUGCAUUUUACGGGCGAUAAUCGAAAAGAUGACUACAUAUCCACCAGUCCGAUGAUCAAGAUCCUGCCAAGGACAAGCAUCUGGGAUCCACUCCCGAAACGGUUCCUCGACCGACCCAUGCUGAAAACCCGGUAUAUUCGGACUCAGAUCAAGAGCUUUCAGGAUAGAUUCGCAGAAGACUAUAUACCCACGCCGAUACUUAUCGACUUGCUCCGCGAUAACCUGGAGAGCGACGACACCCUCGAGAAACAAGAUGUGCUCCAAGGCAACGCAGUCGAUGUCCUUGGCGACCCGGGAUCGUCAGAUGGCUCGCAUUCCUGUCACCUUUUGUAUCCGCACGGAGAACUCUUGAACCAGAUGCAUGCCCUGCCGAUUGAGCCUUCGACUCGGGGUAGUCCACUGCGGCUCGCCGACUUCCAUGCGCGCCCUCCGGUGCUCAAGUUCAAGACACCGAUCCGACAGAUUCUUGUGCAGCGAACACCUGGAUCCGUGCCUCUCACCGCUGUUAGAACAUACGGAUCGACCGCCAUCGCUCGACGCAGCUCUGAGAGCCUGGAUGACUGGACAGUGAUCGACUAUGCCACCCUUGAUGAAGAGGCGGCCCAUGUUGCCUUCAGUCCCGUCAUCGCACGCGAAUCGGCAAUACUGUCUAGAUCUGGCUGCCUCUACAUAUGGGACAUGAACCAAUCCCGGAGAAUCAAGUACUCGGCCGUCGAGGGUAGUCUCAUGAAGCGGGAUGGCUGGAAGAGUCUAGAAUAUGGAUCGCAUCCCAGAUCGGUGCUGGUGGCAUCGGCAAGUACAUUGCGGGCAAUCGACUUGCGGACACCCCCCACCUCGGCCUCUUCCAACAUGAUUAUGAGCUUCCCGCACGACAAAAUCACAUGCUUCAAGCGGCACCCAUCAUACUCCUUCCAGACCACGCUUGCGACCGAGUCCAGGCUGGUUGUCAUCGACGAGCGAUACACCAAGGCUCCGCUGCUUGUCUGGGCACACAGCUACCCAAAGGACGAUCCAAUCUCGGGGAUGCAACUUUAUCAGACGCCGCCAAACCCGCAUGAGGUCAAGACUCGAGUCAUCAUGUGGAACCGUCACGGCGCCGACAUCUCGACGAUAUCCUACGGCAUGUCGCAGGAACAGACCGACCCUUUCGUGGCUGGCAGAUCGACGGUCGAUCGGAUGGUCGCACCUCUGAGAUUCCUGUCGCCAAGCAAGCGACUGGCCUCGCUUCACGGACACGCGUCCUUUGAGCGAUAUGGAGGAGCAUCCAAAGGAUUUGGCUACCUGCGGGAGGCCAGCAAGAUCUACUCUCCUCCGCUCAUUGGUGUCGUUGCCACCCGCGACCCGUCUUGUCGAGAUGGUGGAAAUCUAGUGAUCCAGAUGGCCCUCGACGGGUCUGUGUUUGUCGGGAGCCACACGGAGGUGAGCAGCGCCCGGCUGACAGAACCCGGCUUUGAAGCACCGGACGACCCAAGCGAAUACUCGCCCCACCAGAUCGAGGCCGCUGUUUGCGCACACGAAGUCAAGGAUUUGGCCACCCCCACGUCGCCUCAAGAUCAAAGCGCCAACAUCGUGAGCGUGUCGCACUCGAUCCAGUUUGUAGAGGCUGCACUAUUCAGUCCAAGCACGCCGUCGCCUCGGUCACUCAGUUCAGGCCACCGUAUGGAUGCUGCCGUGGACUUGCUUUCCAGCGCAAACAACCAAACUCUCUUCGAAGCCGAGGCUGCGUCUCGGAACACAGCUGUAUCGUAUGACCAAGAUCACCAGCCGAUCAUACCGUCGGCAUCCACCCCUUACUUGCUUGAAAACGACGACAUGGUGGCGGAGCUUCAAGCGGGUAUCGAAAUCGACGAUCCCACUCGGCGGGUCAUCACACGAUGCUACGACUGGCGUGUCCCAUCACCAAAGCCCGCAGGUGUUGCGCAUGCUCGCGGCAGGUCCCUGGAUGAUAUCCGGCGUGAGCUCAAAGCAGCUUUCUUUGGCAACCCACAGUCGACUGAUCACCUCGGCGGAGAGAGUCUUGCUGCAGUCGACAUGACGGACCCAGAGCAAGAUAUCCUCGCCCGGGUGGCCCACGACGUGUACUUGGCAAGCCGGGUCUGCUCCCACGGGCGAACCACCCUCGAAGCCAUUCCGUUCAGCGACGAAAGUGAAGCCCCGUUCUCCGAGAGCGAGCCGGAACGAGCCAGCAGUGUCGCAUCGGCAGGAUCGCGGUUGUCGCAGUCUUCGAAUCGCUGGAGACGCAAGACCCAGUCCGGCAACAGGUCCCAUCCGUCCGCAUCCUCCGGCGAGGAUUCGACAAACUCGAUGGGAUCGGCCACUUCCGCAGCCUCACUUGCUGCCCGCCGGGCCGACAAAACCGUCAGCAAGGCAUUCCCUCCCCAGAUCAUGUCGUCGCCCCAUAUGAGAGAGCCGACUCCUCUAUCCUCAACGGCUCUGUCGCUGCGCGAUCGCUGGAUGAACUCGACACGAUACUACAACUCUCACGAGGGUCGGGAGCUGCUGGUCUAUUCACGCCCGCUCACGAGCCACCACAAGAGAAUGAACCGCACCCGAAGGGCCGAGGACGAGCUGUCGCAGCAGAAGGUCUUGGAGCUCCUGGAGGCCAAGCAAAGCCGCUCUGUCGCCCCGGCGGUCGUCAGCAGCCAACGGUCGGUCCUGUCCCAAAGCCAGCGGUCUGUGGACGCAGCCUCCCAGGACGAUCCGUUUCCAGGCUCGUUCUCGCUCUCGCAGGUUACCGGAGGCCGAGCUUCCAUCGCAUCCGAGAGGGGAUCUCAGUCUGGCUCACAGCAGAGGAUGUCCAUGGGCUCACAGCAGAGGAUGUCCGUGGGCGGCGGCCAGAUAGGAUCGCAGACUACGCCCAAGAAGAAACGCAAAUCGGGCUUCUGAUUGUCGUCACUGCGGCCCUGUCCAGCAAAUAGAUGGCGAUUUGCUCUUUGCACACUGCAGCAUACAGUUGCCCGGCGGGAUGAUGUUGGCUUCAGUUCGUGGCGGAAUGGGCACCCGAAGGUUUUGGUCGAGUUUGUCGGGCAGCUUUUCAUGAGAGCAAGCCGAAACCGGGGUGGAAACACCUUGCCAUCCCGACAAUCCCCGACAGGACGAGGCGGGGCGAUGCAG